UAUAUAUCAAGCCUAAUUUCCCUACUACCUUAGGUACCUAACCUACCCCUAUUCCCAGCAUGUCUACAGCCGCCUCCCUACACGCCAAGCUCGACGCCCUCUACGACGUGUGGUCGGGUCUAACGCUCUCCUCGCCGGACGCCGACUUCGAGGAGUUCGCCGACUUCUUCGACGAGGACUGCCGCGCGUGGCUGAUCAGCAUGCGGGAGCUGGGGGAGCCGAGCCUGGGGCGGAAGGGCGUGAUCCAGGGGGUCAAGGACCUCGUGAGGAACAUGCGCAUCGAGGAGCGCCGCGUCGUCGGCCGGUUCGACAGCGGGCACUACAAGAUCUCCGUCGAGAUGAGCAACCGCUACGACUGCCUCGACAGGACCGUCGACCCGUUCUGGGAGGCCGUCGUCGUCACGUUCAACGACAAGGGCCUGAUUGCCGACUUCAAGACCCAUUGCUGCAGGAGCCCCAUGGUCGCGAUCAUUCAGGAGGUUACCGGCGUGGGCCCUUAUAAGUGCCACGAUGUCAGAUCGAACUUGACAGGCUAGGAUGUGUCAUAUUGGAGCUACCUAUCUACCUUGUAUUAACCUGGACCGAAGCAUUGCUGGCUUCAAGUUGUAAAAAUAAUUAAUGUAACAAGGAUAUAAUAGGACGAUUGGAAUCGCUCUCUUUUAAUGUCUUGAUCUUACUUAUAUGGCUGCAAAUUUUAAGACUUAGAUAUCAAGUACCUAGGUAGCAAAGCAAAGCACGCGACUUUAUGAACAUAAAUCACAUCCACGCCGGAGUACUCCGGCGUUGAUUCUUUGUCAGUUGGUAGAUCGCAUCAACA